AGGCGGAAGUGCUGGAAACCAGGAAGCGCAGCAAAUAACGCGGCGCUGUUACCACGGACCCGCUCUGCUAAACACCGACACACCCACACACACACACAACCGGACACACAACCGGACACACGCGCCUUCAGGGGCCAACAUGGGGGGGACACAGAGUGUGGAGAUACCGGGUGGAGGGAACGAGGGAUACCACGUCCUCAGGGUGCAAGAGAACUCCCCCGGUCACUGUGCAGGACUGGAGCCGUUCUUUGAUUUCAUCAUUUCCAUUUGUGACAAUAGAAUGAACAAGGACAAUGACACCCUGAAAGAGCUGCUGAGGGCCAACGUGGAGCGGCCCAUCAAGAUGCUGCUGUACAGCAGCAAGACUCUGGGCGUGCGGGAGACGACGGUCACGCCCAGCAGCGUGUGGGGCGGCAACGGGCUCCUGGGAGUCAGCAUUCGCUUCUGCAGCUUUGAAGGAGCAAAUGAAAACGUUUGGCAUGUUUUGGAAGUGGAGCCAAACUCCCCCGCGGCUCUGGCCGGUUUGAGGGCCCACGCUGACUACGUCAUCGGGGCCGACGCCGUCAUGAGCGAGAGUGAAGAUCUUUUCUCCGUGGUCGAAACCUACGAGGGGAAGGAACUGAAGCUGUAUGUCUACAACACGGACACGGACAACUGCCGCGAGGUGGUCGUCACGCCAAACUGUGACUGGGGCGGAGACGGCAGUCUAGGGUGUGGGAUUGGCUAUGGCUACCUGCACAGGAUUCCUACGCUGCCAUUCUCAGAGAGCAAGAAAAUCCGUUUCUCUGCACGGACUCCCGGGGGAGCAGCUACUUCACCUAGAGACGGCUUCACAGAGGUCCAUCUCUCUGCCGUCGUUCCAACCGUCCCUGUGGCCGUGUCUUCUUCUGCCUCGACCGGAUUUGAGGAGUCUCUGGCCAGCGUGUCGGUCAGCUCUAACCCGACCGCCGUUGUUGGCGAUCUACGCACCGGAGCUGCUGCCGUUCCGGCGCUCAGACACGCCUCCUUCUCACAAAACGCCCCUUCGUCUCCCGACCCUGCUGCCACACUACCAGGUCUUAUUCCCUGGCGACCUGGAGGUCUUCCGCCCUUUCCUCAUUUACCAAAUCUAAAUAUCACAUUGCCAGAUGUGGGCCCCGUAUUACUGCCUGGAUUUGGUGGAUUUCAACAUGCAGGUCUUCCUGGUGUCGUCCCUGCUGCAUCGGACUUUGUUCUUCCACCAAUCGCUGCUAAUGCAUCUCCUGCUGGAACGCUGAACAGCAGUGCCGCGUAUCCCUCCUCCACCACACCAAUGAACACUUCCCUGACAAGGACCCCCCUCCCAUCCUCAGGGCCCACCUGCGAAUCAAUAAAUAUCACAAUGACUGCAGACUCUUAGCAGGCGCACCGAUUGAGGUUGUCGACACAAUGUAACCCGUUAAUAAGCUGCAUAACUCUUAACUUAACUUUUAAAAGUGUGCCGGUCUUCUCCACGUAAAUGUGAUUGUCUUUGAGCCAAGCUCGCGUGCAAAGUGUAAAAUAUCUGGGUCAACGGUUUGCUAAUGUGCAAGGUCUUUCUUAAGGAGUCAACGGGAAUUUAUUUCCUGAACUACUCAUGUGAUGCCGUAUCGAAUUCACAGGAAAUUUGUCGGUCCAGUUUAUUUCGUAGUCACAAUCAAAACCACAGAUGUGCGUCUCAGUUGGUGGGUGAGCUCUAUUUACCAGCUACAAUGAUGGUUUUGUGCCUGAGCCACACACAGCUGACCCAUACUAGAGAUUUCUUUAGAAAAGCAGGUUUGCUUGCUGCAGCCAUUAAACAAACGGAUUUUGGAUUUGUACAAUAAGCAAACAUUGUAAAUUGAAUAAAUGGAUAUAGUUUCUCUA